AUGGUAGUCAUAAAACCAAUCAGCGAUGCACAAAUGGGAGGCAAUGUAAUAAAAUUUACAGUACGCAUGCCGAUUGCAUUCAAGGUUAUUGCUGUAGAUACGGUAUUGACGAACAUGUUGAUGCGCCACCAAAUAUGUCUGGUGAAUUACAACCUCAUUUUCGGUCAAUGUCCAAACGGACAAAUAUCGCAAGUACGAUGCAGUGCUCAGGGUCAGUGUGAUCAAGACCAAAUCUGUCUAAAUGGAUUGUGCUGUACAAGAACGGAAUUUGAUUAUCGAUAUCCAUGUGGAGGAAUUACAGCAUUAGGGAAUUGCACUAACAAGAAUUGCACAGGUGGGCUUAGUUGUACUGCUUCUGGUUUCUGCUGCGAAUGUCCUGUUGGUUUGAGUGGAGGAGAAUGCAAAAAGGGUAACUGCCCUAGUGGAUUUAAAUGCAUGGAAAAUGGAUACUGCUGUACGACAUGCCCAAAUGACGCAACGCCAUACGGUGCAUGCCGCAACGGUGUCUGUGGCGGAAGUACAAUGUGUUUUGCAGGAAAUAUUUGCUGUUAA